AUACCACCAACCUCUUUCCUUCCUUGUUAAUCUGAGUCACUAAUUAGUUUUGUUUUUAAACCUUCUCUUGACCGGCCAAGCAAUGGCAGCAGCUACUCUUCCUCUCUAACACCACCCUAACCUUACCCUUCUCAUAAUCAUUUUUAGGACAGGAUGGCCUUUUGCACUACUCUCCAUUUGCUCCUAGUUGGCCUCCUGUCUCUCCCUAUUUUUCUUUCCUCCACCAUUGCAGUAGCUGCUGCUGCCACCCCCACCAAUGGCGGAAUCCGCCUUGGCUUUAUCAGAAAACCUUCAUCCGAUAUCCCCACUUUCCGGGAAGCUCCAGCUUUUCGCAAUGGGGAUUCUUGUGGGACUGAUAAAAUCCAUAUUACAAUGAAUUUAGAUGCCAAUUACCUUAGAGGCACCAUGGCUGCAGUUUUAUCUAUUCUAAAGCAUUCAACUUGCCCUGAAAACUUUUCCUUUCAUUUCCUCUGGUCACGUUUCCAGCCUGAAAUUUUCUCCAACAUAAAAUCAACCUUUCCUUACCUUAACUUCAAAAUAUACCGCUUUGACUCUAACCAUGUUCGCGGUAAAAUAUCUAAAUCAAUUCGGCAAGCAUUAGACCAGCCAUUAAACUAUGCAAGAAUUUACCUUGCUGCUAUACUUCCAUUGGAUGUUAAAAGAGUAAUUUACUUAGAUUCUGAUCUUGUAGUUGUUGAUGAUAUUGCAAAGUUAUGGGAAGUUGAUUUAGAAGACAAAGUACUGGGUGCACCAGAAUAUUGCCAUGCAAAUUUUACUAAAUAUUUUACAGAACUAUUCUGGUCAAAUCCUGUCUGGGCCAAGACAUUUGAUGGAAGAAAGCCUUGUUAUUUUAAUACAGGAGUUAUGGUUGUGGAUGUGGAGAAAUGGAGAAAAGGAGACUAUACAAAGAAAGUGGAGGAAUGGAUGGAAGUGCAAAAAAAUAUAAGAAUAUAUCAUUUAGGGUCACUGCCACCAUUUUUAUUGGUUUUAGGUGGGAAUAUAAAAGGGGUGGAUCACAGAUGGAACCAACAUGGAUUAGGAGGAGAUAAUAUUGAGGGCAAGUGUAGGAAUUUGCAUCCUGGACCUGUUAGUUUGCUGCAUUGGAGUGGGAAAGGAAAACCAUGGUUAAGACUUGAUUCAAGAAAGCCUUGCUCUGUGGAUCAUCUAUGGGCACCUUAUGAUUUAUAUAAAUCUUCAAUGCAUUCUUUGGAAGAGUAUAAUUAAUGGGAGGAGAGAAUUGGAGGAGGAGUUGGGUUAAGGUAAGGGAUUUGGUAGGUUAGGAGAUUGAAGAAGUUGAUAAUAUAUAAUAGGUAAUUAAGAAACCUUAAAAGAGAGACACAGAACUUUUUUUUAAUGUUCCUUUUGUUCUGUGUCUGUAUAUGUAUAUUGUUGAAAUUAAUUAUUUUCAAUAAUUUUCUGGUCUCUCUUUAAUGGGAUUCCAUUGCAAGGAGCACGAGAAGAUUUUGAGUUUUGUUGUAAUAAACAACUUCUCUAUAUAUUAGUAAUUGUCAUUUAUAA